CCAACGCCCGGCGAAGGGAGAGAGGAAAAAGAGCUCUGUGAGAUUCAUCUUGAACCUGAUAAAAUAGCAGACUUCAGCUAUGCAGACAAUUAAGUGUGUAGUUGUUGGUGAUGGUGCUGUUGGUAAAACGUGUCUUCUAAUUUCCUACACAACAAACAAAUUCCCAUUGGAAUAUGUACCAACGGUAUGUGAUAACUAUGCUGUAACGGUGAUGAUUGGUGGCGAGCCAUAUACUUUAGGCCUGUUUGAUACUGCAGGGCAAGAAGAUUAUGACAGGUUACGGCCCCUCAGCUAUCCACAGACAGAUGUGUUUCUGGUCUGUUUCUCAGUGGUCUCACCAUCUUCAUUUGAAAAUGUGAAAGAAAAGUGGGUACCUGAAAUCACUCACCAUUGUCCAAAGACUCCUUUUUUGCUUGUUGGGACCCAGAUUGAUCUCAGAGAUGACCCUUCAACAGUUGAGAAACUUGCCAAGAAUAAGCAGAAGCCUAUUACUCCGGAGACUGCCGAAAAGCUGGCGCGGGACUUGAAGGCUGUCAAAUACGUGAAAUGCUCUGUGCUUACACACAGAAAGGCGUAA